AUGGACUUCUCUUUUUCAGGUUCGGAGGGUUUUUAUGGGGGUUUGCAGUCCAUUUGGAGAACCCAAUCGGUUACUGUUUUGGCUAGCUUUUGUGGCCCAGGGUUUCUUGGUUCUAAAGUUAUAUGGAAAGGAGAUUGUUACUAUAUUUUCAAUGUGUACUCUGCUUGCUCCAUGCCUCUUAAGCGUAUUUUUUGGUCUCGGUUGCUUGAGUUGAAAAACAAAUAUCAAGAUGGUGAAUGGAUUAUAAGGGGAGACUUUAACGCGGUGAAAAAUCAAAGUGAGAGAAGCGGUGUUUCUUCUAGAAGUAACAAUUUGGAGUGGAGGGAAUUUUCGGAUUUUAUUGAUAAAGCCGACCUAGUUGAUGUUCCUUGCAAAGGAAAGAGGAUCUCUUGGUUUAGUGGGGAUGGAAAAUCUAAAAGUAGAAUUGACCGAUUUCUAGUUUCCAAUUUUGUUAUCUCGUCUUGGGGAGUUGUCGACCAAUGGAUAGGAUUGACAGAUGUUUCCGAUCAUUGCCCGGUUAGGUUGAUGGUUGAUAAAGAAGAUUGGGGUCCAAAACCAUUCAAAUUCAAUAAUGAAUGGUUUAAUGACAAGAGUUUCUUUGACUUUGUUAAGAAGGAAUGGGAAGAGAUUAUUGUUCAUGGGAGAGGAGAUUUUGUCUUGAAGGAGAAAUUUCGGUUAAUUAAAGAGAUUGAAAUGGUGGGAAAAAAUGUUUUCGGUAAGAUAGACUUGGAGAUUGAGGAGAAUGUGAAGGAUUUGAAUGUGUGGGAUGAUAGGGACUAUUGGGAGGAAGAGGUUCAUCUAAGAACAUUUGGUUUAAUCUUAAAUUGA